GCAGAGCUUCAAAAGAGGUGCUAAAUUCAGGCCCCCUGUGCCAGGUGACGGAGUGACGGAUUUUUGCCCUUUUUGCGCCUCCGCCUGAGUGCACCGUGACUCCUCAAAGGAAAACGCAAAUCUGUGCAAUCCGCUCGCGCAGGAUCAGGUUUCUUCUCAGAUUUUUUUUUUUUUCUUAAGUCCUAAAAGUUGCCGUGCAGCCUGAGAGCUGCGCCUGUCUUUGAUCCGCUGACCCAGAAUGGCACCGGACCGUGCGAGCGCGUUCUGCGCCUCCGUGUCACUGGCUUGCGUGAUAAUCUGCAGUAACGUGCUGAGUCCACUCGGUGCCUUUCUGUACAACAACCGCUAUGAUGGCGAUCAAGUUUUCAGGAUAACGCCGAGUAGCGAAGAGGAGGUGCGACAACUCAAGAAAAUUCUGGGACAUAUGAAGGUGGAUUUCUGGCAGCCCAACAGCGUCUCUCUGAUCUGUCAUAAUGCCACUGUGGAUGUGCACGUGAAGCGCAAUGACACGCAAGGCCUACGUACACGCUUAAAUAAGGAGCAUAUUGACUAUCGGGUGUUCAUCUCCAAUCUCCAGAAGCAAAUUGAAAAGCAGACUGGAUAUCACUCCUCUCGAAAGCGGAGGUCAGAGUCACAGUAUGACUACGAGGUUUACCACUCUCUGGAAGAGAUCCAGAGCUGGAUGUUUGAGAUGAACAGGACCCAUCAUGACCUGAUUGACAUGUUCUCUAUUGGAAAAUCAUAUGAGGGAAGAUCACUUUAUGUGCUUCAGCUAGGAACGAGGAGUCGUCCGCAGAAGAAAGCGAUGUGGGUAGAUUGUGGUGUCCACGCCAGAGAAUGGAUUGGACCUGCUUUCUGCCAGUGGUUUGUCAAAGAGGCCCUUAAUUCACAUCAGUACAACCCUGUGAUGAGACGACUGCUCAACCAGCUCAACUUCUACAUCAUGCCCAUCUUUAACGUGGACGGAUAUCAUUACAGUUGGACCACGGACCGGUUCUGGAGGAAAACACGGUCGAGAAAUCGCAAGUUCCACUGCCGAGGUGUGGAUGCUAAUCGAAACUGGAAGGUGAAGUGGUGUGACGAGGGUGCCUCCUCUCACCCCUGUGAUGACACGUAUUGCGGUCCGUUUCCCGAGUCGGAGCCUGAAGUCAAGGCUGUUGCUAAAUUCCUGCGCAAAUACAAGAAACGCAUCAGAGCAUACGUAUCCAUCCACGCAUACGCCCAGAUGCUUCUCUACCCGUAUUCCUACAAGUAUGCCACAAUCCCCAACUUCGACUGUGUGGAGUCAGCAGCUCGAAAUGCAGUGACGGCCCUGUACUCUGCCUAUGGAGUGAGGUACAGAUACGGGCCUGCCUCCACGACUUUGUAUGUUAGCUCAGGCAGCUCUAUGGACUGGGCAUACAGAAAUGGGAUCCCAUAUUCAUUUGCAUUUGAACUGAGGGAUACAGGAUACUUUGGCUUCCUUCUGCCUGAAUCCCUGAUCAAGCCAACCUGCACUGAAACCAUGAGGGCUGUGAAAGCCAUCGCAUCAGGUCUACUGAAGAAAUGUGACAGAGGAACUAUCAGAUUUCCAUAUAUAUGACUGCACUGCACAGCGUUCAUCCCUCACAGCUACUUAUCUCAGCAGUUGAUAUUCCUGCUUGAUUAAUAUUCCUCCCAGAUGUAGCCAGGACAAGAGCUGAAAAGGACAAGCAAAGCAAGACUUCUUGGAAAUAAGCUUUUAUUGUUCAGUAAGAUUGUUUUGUUUUCAAUUUUAGUAAAAUACAAAUUAACAUUUGUUUUUUUUUUUUUGUGAAAUCCACAAACUCUGAAAUAUGUUGUACACCUUGUCAGGAAGCUAAUAUAGGUCAUAGAGUGUCUUAAAAAUAGACAUUAAACUUUGUAUCUGAAAAUGCACCGCAGACAUGAAAGGAAUGCAGCCUAAAAAUGUCUUUAUUUCAGAUAUAUACCAGGUAGUCUGUUUGUCUGCCUGUUGCUUUUAAGGCAUCCAGAGGAUUGCCAUUACCAGCUAAUUAUUUAACUUUAUUCGAUGUCAUCACAUGAUAUCAUUGAUGUGAGAGGUCUGAUACGUUUGAUAAUUCAAUCUCCCAUUGCCUUGAUUGUCUUCCUGAUCCACAAAUUAGGAAAUUGGGCCAGAUUCAUCACAAUAGCAGUCUAAAGUUUGUCUCAUAGUAUUAUACACUAGGUUAUUGCCAAUUACAAGCAACAUUGAAUGUAGCCCCAUGACACGGGAGCUACUGGGUGUGCUCACAUUGGCACUGUGUGCAGUCUAUACAUUAAUGUUUGUGGUUAUAAGACUUUUCCACACAGCUAAAAUGUAUCAGUUCACAUCUGAAAACUGUCUUCUGCUGAAGAGUGCACAAUGCCUUUCAUGGGAUUGUGGAUGUAUAUUAGAUUUUCAGAUGAGCUUUAAAGAGGUCAGCAAACAGUGAGUCCUUGAAUGCACUGCCUUGCACACAAAUACAUUGACAGGCUCCGCUGCCGGUCUGACCACUUUCAUCCUGCUGCAACGAAAUCACCCACCACUCACUUCACAAAUGUAUUUUAAUUUUACUUUACAUUGCUGCCUUACAUCAAAAUAACUGAGCUGUGCAACCCACAUUCAAGCGGAACUUAUUUAUAUCAAGAGACACAGAUGAAAUAAUAACAAUUUAAUCUGUAAAAAUAAAAUGGAUGCAUGGUGUGUGCAAUCUGUUAUGGGUCAGAUCUGUAAAAACUACUCUAUACAGCAGUGCUCCAGGGUACUUUUGCGAGAGCAAUGAGCUGAGCUGUGCAACUUUACAUAGAGCAGCUGUGCGUCUUACCAUGGACCCCCUCAAUAAUAA